AGCUUGAUUCCCAUGGGUCUGAAUGCCUCGAUGGUAGGUACCACGGGCUUGCGUGUGUUUUGGAAGCCUCCAACGGAUGCAAGUAAAUGCGGAAACCAGUAUCUGGUCCUCGUUCGCAAUGCAACAUAUCAGGACAACGCUACAGUGUCGAAGACAGAAUUCGUACUGAACAACAUAAGAAUACCUUCCACUUACAUUUUCACCAUACACGCUACGGACAAGGCAGGCAAGCCUUUGGACGCUUCAGCAAUACUUUCAAUAACGAUUACCGUCAACGAGGAGCCGAUACCACUGAAAAUUACUGCCUCAAUGCCCAGCCGCUCCAGCAUUCGUGUGGCUUGGCUGCCUCCAAAGGAUAAAAAUCUAUGCGGAAACCAGUAUGUGGUCAUCGUCCGCAAUGCAACAUAUCAGACCAAGGCAACGGUGUCGAAGCCAGAAUUCACACUAAAAGACAUCAAUCUGUACUCCAGUUAUCUUUUCACAGUACAUGCUACUGACAAGAAGGGCCUGCCGUUCCGCUCUUACUCAGCACUUUCAGUAACGAUUACAACGAGCGGUAAAUUUUUAUUAUCAUCCCUGCCGUAUUUCAUCUUUACUAACGCGAUGUCACUCUCAAGUUAA